GGCCCCGCCCCGCCCCUCGGCGCAUUGCACCGGGCCAUGCGCGCCGCCGCGCUGCUCCUGCUCUGCCCGUUGGCCGCCGCCCUCUCAGGGCGGUUCUGGCACAUCACCGACCUCCACUGGGACCCCGACUACGACCCGGCGGCGGGCACGGGGCAGGUGUGCCCCUCGGGUGGCUCCCGCGCCGGGCCCGCCGCAGGGCCCUGGGGCAGUUACCUGUGCGAUGCGCCCUGGCGCCUGCUCGCCUCCGCCGUGCGCGCCAUGAGGAGCCUUCUGCAGCGCCCGGACUUCGUGCUCUGGACCGGAGAUGAUACUCCUCACGUGCCCAACGAGAAGCUCGGAGAAGAAAAGGUUCUGCACAUAAUAGAGAAUCUGACUUCUCUUAUAAGGGAGACGUUUCCAGAUACCAAGGUCUACGCGGCGAUGGGCAAUCACGACUUCCAUCCCAAGAACCAGUUUCCAGGGAAGGACCACAGGAUCUACAACCAAACAGCUGAACUGUGGCGUCCCUGGCUGAGCAAUGCUUCCAUUCCUCUCUUCAGAGCAGGAGGUUUCUACAGCGAGAAGCUGCCUGGCUCAAGGACAAGGGGGCGAGUGGUUGUCCUCAACACCAAUCUGUACUAUGACCAGAACAAUGAGACAGCUGGUGAGGAGGAUCCUGCGGGGCAGUUCCAGUGGCUGGAGGAAACGCUGACCAACGCCUCUAGAGCAGAGGAAAUGGUGUACAUCGUGGGGCACGUCCCUCCUGGCUUCUUCGAGAAGAAGCGAGGCAAGGCCUGGUUCCGGAGUGGCUUUAAUGAGCGGUACCUGCAAAUGGUGCAGAAGCACCACAGGGUCAUCGCUGCUCAGUUCUUUGGGCACCACCACACGGACACCUUCCGGAUGGUUUACAGUGAUGCAGGUUCCCCAAUCAAUGUCAUGUUCCUGGCGCCUGGAGUGACCCCCUGGAAAACAACAUUGCCUGGAGUGAACAAUGGAGCCAACAACCCUGGGAUUCGGGUGAUCGACUACGACCCAGCCACCCUUCAGGUGUUGGACAUGGUGACUUACUACCUGAACCUAACUCGUGCCAACUUGAGGGAGGAAGAGUCCCCUGUGUGGGAGGAAGAGUACCGGCUGACAGAGGCCUUCCAGGUCCCGGAUGGCUCUGCGCACUCCAUGCAGACAGUGCUGGAGAGGAUAUCCCAUGAUCCACGCUCCCUGCAGCAGUACUAUGAGUUCAACUCUGUCAGCUAUGAUCUGGCCCUGUGUGAGGAGUCCUGCCACGUCGAUCACGUCUGUGCCAUCAGGGAGCUUGAUUUUACACGAUACGAGGAGUGUGUUGGAACCAGUAGCUCCGCCUCUGCUCUCGUUGGUGUUUGGCUCUUCUUUUCCUGCUUGCUCUUAGGGCUCAUCAGUCCCCAGCAAGUGCUGCAGUGACUGGGAGGAAAUGGAGAGAGCUCGAGUUGACGAUGCACAUGAAUCAGUAACUGCGAAUGGUUUGGCACUGAGAAUCCACUUGGAAACCAAGACCGAAUUGGUGGCUUUUACUAAAAGCUCUGUGAUGUUGAUUGAAAUCGUCCAGAAAAGCUUCAAGUACGAGGAUGGGGCAGUGACCGUCACAAAGUCUUGUUCCAGGCUGACCUGCACCAGGAGCCGCUCUCCCUUCGCUGGCACUGCU